CCUAAAUUUCUCAUAUUCUUGCUUGAUCUUAUGUUGCAAUUGAUCCUAGAUAAAAUAGCAUUGAUGGUUAGUGCAUAUUGAUUUUCAUUUUGCAAGUAGACAAGACAAAAUAGAACCUUUUGGGAUUUUUUUGCUUUGAAUCUCAUCUUGUAACCAUUUUGCAGUCUCAUCGCUUUUUUUUCUUUUGUCUCAGGAGUUGAGAUUGGGCUUCUUGUUUCUUUUCUACUCUGAAACCUACAAUGUGGAAUAUAAUAUUUGAAACGUGGAGCAUAAUGCAUGGAUCAAAGGCAAAAAACAAUACGAUACCACCAGCAUGGAGUGAUGACCUGAUAAAGAAAAGGGUGCAUGCAGAGUUGCAGGAUUAUGGUGACUUUGGACUAUCUGAUGUUCAGGAAGAUAAAAGGGGGGAAGAUGCGCAUGAAGACCCUACUAAUCCAGUAGAUAAAGUUGAAGAAGAGACUAGUGAUGAAAUUAUAGCAGAGUAUAAUGCAGCGGAGAGACAAAUUCACCAAUUGCUUCGAACAAUGAGAGGAACAAUUGAUAAACUAGCAAAGCAGCAUAAUACAAAUAAAACCCCAUCACCUUCUCAUCAAAGAGGAAGUCAUAACCAACCUGAUAUCAAUGAAUCUUUCCCAUCACCACCACAUGGUAGUAAGUUGAGGAUGAAUUUCAGACGAAUGCUAUUAUUCCUUACCAGACUAGACAUCCUCCAUUACGUUCAUAUUGACUACGUUAAUGUGCUGCUGCCCUACAAUUACCAUACGUGGUACAACCAUCAAUCAAAUUUUCAGUGUCUUCAUCUGUAACAAAGCAAGUUUUGGCAUAUGCAUUGGACGAUACACGUGAUAAAAGCCAAAUAUUAUGUUCCAUGUAUGAUUUCUUCUUGACAAGGUUCGACUUCAAAUGCUUGAGACUCGACAAAUUGGUUGACAAUAAGGUUGUAACCAUGCAUUGUCAAAUUUUGAAUGGUACGGAUAAAGAAAAUAGGAAUCAUUUCUUAUCUCCAAACUUUGCGGUAAGAUAUGUUGUAAGAAUUAUAGAUUGGUUUUCUUGUUUUGAGUAGAUUGUUUUAAUCUAAUGUAUGCUUUGUAUUUUUUUAUUACAA